AUUGCUUAUUUCAAUGUUGGCGUGUAUUCUUAAUACUAUAGUAUCAAUAUCGUUUUGUUCGCUGUGGAAAUAACAAAGUUUCGUCAUGAUACUAAACGACGUGAACAAACUUCUUCAAGAAUUAGAAAAAACUGAAUUGGAAGCUCCAAGUGGAGUUGCAACAGCACAGACGUAUGCACAGUUAUUAGCUAUAUAUCUUUAUCAAAAUGAUCUAUGCAAUGCCAAGUACCUAUGGAAACGAAUACCAUCGGACUUGAAGAGCGGAAGUGCGGAGCUUAAGCAGAUAUGGGUGGUAGGGCAGCGCAUGUGGCAAAGGGAUUGGCCCGCGGUUCACGUUGCCCUUAACGCAAAGUGGAGCGACGACGUGUCCGAUAUUAUGGCUGCUUUAAAAGAUAACGUUCGAGAAAGAGCGAUCACCCUGAUAUCCAAAGCGUAUUCGUCAUUGGGCUUGACCGUGUUCGCAUCGAUGACGGGUCUGUCGUUGGAAGAAGCUCGUCGACUUGUCAUCGAGAGAGGAUGGACCAUAGACGGAACGAUGGUACAACCGUGCAAGAUCGAGAAAGAAGAAGAAUGCAACGUGGCCAGUGAAGUUGGUCUCACGGAGGAUCAGCUGCGCAAACUCACGCAAUUCGUGUCCUUCUUGGAGAACUGAACGAACAACGUGUCGUCAAUGACGAGACACUCAACAUCAAGACUCGAUCGACAGUACUUUAAACUUAGUCUUACCUCGUAAUCGUAUUAUAUAAAGGAGGAAGUGUGCUCGAAAGGAAGCACCUGUGUUUCUACCCUAAGUAUACACCGCGAUCUACCUACGCGUCCUGUCUGCUCAAUCGGAAGAAACGAUCCGAUGAAGCUCGUUGCAUGCGUGGAGUCAACAACUCGAUUAAUCAAUAAUUUUAUGCCGUUCACGGAGACUGGUAUUUUCUAGAAAAGAAAGACUCUUUGAAGAGAGGAAAAAACGAAUCACAGUUUCCAACGAGUAUAUUAUAGAUAUCUUGACCCAUCGGUGUUCACUUUAGCAUUAAAUCAUCGGAACGAAUUGCUCUGUGUUGUAUAGAAAGAAAUAAUAAUAAUAAUUACGGACGCGAUCAUUACCGUCCCGAUACAACGCUUCACCUAUAAAACAUUGAUUGCCUUAUCAUUCAA